CUAUACCUAUAAUAAAGACGCCGAGUCCAAAAAGCCAUCUUUCUCUCCGUCGACCGGCGAUUUCGAGACUUAUCCGUCUAGUUGCACUGACGUUUGCUUUUUUUUUUUUUUUUUUCCCCGGCGGCUUACAUUAGGUACCUAGGAAAUGGCUACGUCUUUAACUCCUCCUUCCGAGGAUAUGCAAAAGAGUAACUUCGCCUCGUCAAAAGUUACUAACGAUGGAGACGUUUCUUCCGAGCGAAACUUCACCGGGGAGGAAGACGAAGAGGAGCAGGAGCAGGAGAAUGUUGUCGUGGAUACCCUCGCGACUCGUCGGGCUUUAGAGCGACGGCUUAGGCUCAAGGUCGAUCUGCGACUUUGUACUAUCGCCGGCAUACUCUGUUCGCUCAAUUUGCUCGAUUCGGGAGUUAUUAGUUCGGCGUCGGUGACGUCUAUGCCGUCCGACUUGGAUCUGACCGGCAACAGGUUCAGCGUCAGCAUAUUCAUCUUCACCAUAUCGAGCAUCGCCUUCCAGCUACCGUCGACGUUGGCGGUGCGCACGUUCGGCCCGCGUUUGUGGUUCUCCUUCAUUACCUUUUGCUUCGGCCUUAUUACCAUGUGCACUGCGUUUAUCCAGACCUGGCGCCAGAUGAUUGCCCUGCGCGUGCUCCUCGGUAUUUCCAUGAGCGGUAUUUACCCCGGCCUGACGUACCUGAUCUCGACUUGGUACCCGAGGAGGGAGCAGCAGACGCGCUUUGCCUUUCUGCAGACCGGCGAGGUGGUUAUCCUAGCCACGGGUAGCAUCGUCAACUUCGGACUUAACCAGUUGGACGGUAAAGGUGGUAUUGCGGGCUGGCGCUACAUGUUCCUGGUGCAAGGGCUGAUCUCUAUCGUCAUCGGAUUCGUGACGUAUUUCUGGAUGGUGGAUUUCCCGGAGGAAGCGCAUCGAUCUUUUUGGUUCCUCACGCCGGAAGAGCAGGAACUUGCCGUCGCCCGCAUCAACGCCGACCGCAAAGACGUUGAGCCGGAUACGUUUUCGUGGGGUAAGGUUUUCGUACACGCGCGGGAUCCGAAGGUCUACGGGUUUGCGUGCAUGUUCUUCCUCCUCAACCUAGUAUCAACCGCGCUAUCGUAUUUCUUGCCUAUUAUUCUGCAGAGCGGUAUGGGAUUCGACGAGGAUCAAUCGAUUCUACUGUCCGCGCCGCCUUACUACUACGCAGUUAUCCCCGUUCUCCUGUCCUCCAUUAUUGGCGAUCGGUUCCGCAUCCGCGGCCCCGUUAUUAUCUUCAACUGCGUCACUUUGAUCGUAGGCUUCUGCAUGCUUGGAUUCGCCGAGCAGGUCACUGUGCGCUACGUCGGGACUUAUCUGGCCACCGGCGCAUACGUGAGCAACUGGGCGGCUCUCAGCGCCUACCAGGCUAACAACAUCGCCGGUCAGUGGAAGCGCGCGUUCACCGCGGCUGCGGUGACGGCCCUGAACGGCGCCGGUGGAAUCGCGGGGAGUUUUAUCGUACGGUCCCAGGAGGCGCCGCACUAUACGACCGCCGUGUGGGUCUCGAUCGGGUCGCAUAUCAUAAUUAUUGCCAUCGUAGGCGCUUUCUCGGCCUACUUCUUCUUUGCGAAUAGACUUGCCACCCGAGGGAAGAUCCUUAUAGAGGGCGUGGAAGGCUUUAAGUAUACGUACUGAUAUCUGAACUUUAAAAUGCAGUGUAUUAGAGCGGAGCGCUAUGGUUGGAUACAUGUUUUUUUAUCACGGCAAGGUCCUGGAGCUUCUUCAGAAGCAUGGCUACCUCCUAUAUAAACAACGACGUAACGCUUUACGAAUAAUGUCACCAUCUAAGCUGCCUACCUAGGUGCCUAUAAAAGUAGAGUCAUUGAGAAUUGAUACCUAUUAGAUGAUAUAAAUC